CGGGUCUCCUGCCGUAAACCCCAGGCAGGCCUGAUUGCCACAGGCGGGGUAUGAUGCACGGCCACCUGGAAGCGCGCUUUACUGCGUAUGGAUCUGCCGAGUUUUCUUGUUUUCUGAAGAAAAAAAGAAGCAAAUAAAGUUAGCAGCAUGUGAUGAGCUGCCAGAGAAAUCACAAAUAUUUUCAUUUCUGCUUCUUCAGGUCCACCCAUUUUUUUCUGUCCUGGGGUUUCAGCUGUAUUUAAUAAGGUCUGGAUCAAAAUGGAGACUGGAAGAGUCAAGAGGCGAAAUGGGGAGAAGUGCUUGACCACCGCAGGCUGGUGGCACAGGAUGUGGGGAUGCAACAUGGAGAGAGCGGUGGCUUCCCCUCUGAGUUCCAACCACAGAAGACCCUGUGAGGACAGAUCAUCAGAAGUGUCAGCUCUCACAGGAAACAUUUUGGAUCAAGACACCGCUCUUUGGAACAAAGGGAGAAUUUCUUUACUUAUUGUCCUUUGUGACUUCAGUGCAGCUACUCCCGGUGGAUACACAAUUCAGGCAGAUUCAGGCUCGUGUCUCAGCAGAGCGGAAAUAUUACAGAAGUAUUGCUCUGAAUGCUUAAAUAAUCCGACUCGCAACCAAGAGCACUUUUAGGAGCGCACACUGUGAUGCACAUUAUACGCUGCUUCUUGUUGGUGGGACGGUACCCUGCAAUCAGACCCCACAGAUGGGCUCGCAUAACGUUUGCUGAGUCUAAAACUUUUUCUGUACGUAAAAAAUCACUAAAACCCCAUUUUCAGCAUCAUAUGCCAGAUGCUAGCCUGUCUUUGAAUGGCUGAAUUCUUGCCUUUUUACAAUAUGUUGCAAAACUGAUUCUGGCUGAAGCACAGAAUUUACAGCAAUUUAGGAGAAGAGUGAAGACUGUGUCUGAUGAAGCCCCCACCCACGUUAGCAUUUUGAGAUGAGGACACCCCAGUUGGGCAGCGCAAUCCCUUCAGAUCAGGCCAGGCUUUUUUAAGUUGGGUUUCACUGAGAAGCACGUACCCAUCUGAGAACCAGAUUCUGCUCUGGUGUGGGGUUUUUGCCAUGACCAUCUGUCAGGGGGCUUCAAAUCUUAAUGGUCGCUGAAAUUCUGGAGGAAACGUCAGAAGUUAAAAUGUCUUUUUUUUGGAGGUGAAGUGCUACUGACUCAUUAGUUCACAGCUGCCCUGACAUUAUAUAAACGGAAGAAGGGAGCUGCACACUCAGGAUCAACACAGUAAAUACUGAAUGACAAAAGAGUUGGCCACACCACUGCUUCGAUAUAGUUCGGUCUUGGUAACAGAGAUCUCCAGUGGUGUCUCUCCGUGGGGAUGUUUCCAGGGUGGUCUCUGCGGGGUGAGGAUUUUGCAGCUCGGGGAAGAGGAGAGAAGAGGAUGCCUAGCUGGAGAAAUGAGGGCAUCUGCAAAGAAGCUGGCUGAGCAGCACAGGAGCUGCAAGAACAUUUACUUGACUCCCUGUUUCUGAAGAAAGAUGCUCCUGCCCUGGUCUGUGCCUUUAGAAGUGUGACACUCAUCGGUGUGGGGCGCAGCCUGCUGUGGGACGGACAAUAUCAUUGUGCAGCCAAGAUGGUGGCAUUUAACUGGAAGGCUUUGGAGAAUUUCCCAUUGCUGAUGUACAUUUUGGCAGCUAAGACACUGAUUCUUUGCUUAGCGUUUGCCGGAGUAAAAAUGUACCAGAGUAAAAAACUUGAAGAAAAAUUAAAGAGGGAACGUGAAGAGAAAUUUAAAGCAGAAGUAGAGAAGAAGGAUGAUUGAAGACUCUCUCAGGUAUAGAAUUUAUUCGACGUCCUGGUGUUCGAUAAUGGCAUUGACAUAUUAAUCCUAUUAUGUUUGGCUUGGAUACAUUUGGAUUGUGCAAUUAGAACUGUCACCAUUAUCUGAGUUCUUGUAAUAUUUGUCUCCUGCAAUGCUUCAGCAUAUUUGCACACCCAUAUGAUGCCCAUUCUUUGUAAGAACCGUGGUCGCUACCAGAAAACUUGGCAGCCAUGUUUCGUGAUUUAGGAGACCUUAGCACAGUAUUCCUUCUCUUCUCUUAAUUUCCCUGAAUUUUUACACCCAGCCAAUUGCACAGGAAAUCCCGAUCUGUAAAGAGAUGGUUAAAUUGGCAAAAAAUGUGUGAGAGGCGUGACAGACAGGAUGAUGCAGUCAGACCUCCUGGCCUUAUAUCACAUAACUAAGAUAGAAAAGACUCAGCCAUUCUAUAUUAGUUAAAUACAUGACAAGUUGUAGAUAGUUUAGCUGGAACCGCCAAAUCUCAUGCCAUGGAGCUUCCCAAGGUAACAUAAAUGCUACAGGUUAUGCUAUGUAACAUCCAUUAUAUAUACUUCACUGAGAAAAAUGGACACAUUUCUGCAUAAGAAAGCAAAAUGAUCAUCACAAAAUAUCUUAAAGUUUUAUGUUUUCAUUCCCUGUGUGCUGAAUUCCUUCCUACUGUUUUCAAAGUUUAAGCAAUCAUUGCCUCAUUGGAUCAAGUCCAUUAGCAAAAUGAGUGCUGACUAGCGCUAAGAUUGUAUUCCCUGACUUGUUUGGUAUGUGAUUUUUGUAUCAGUUCAUUUCACAUCUCUCUGUUCUGCAGCAAAAUGGGAAUUCUAUUCCUGCCUGCCCUUUGUAAGCUCAGUGGGAGGUUGAUGUAAUGUUACUCUUUAUUAAACUAAAAAACUUUACUUUCCCCUUUUGAGGUCAUCACCUCACAUAUGAAAAGAGUUUCACUUUUUAGAAAUGUUUACUAGUUCUGAUUUCAAACCUAUCACUGUUUUAUUUCAUGCAACAGGGUUUGGAAAUUGUGUCAAGAAAUGGGGCCCUGGAAAUAACCACAGGAAUGAAGUGGGUCAUUUGCACAGAAAAAAACACAAAACCAAAGGUGUUUUUCAGUCUCCUGUUUCCAUCAGAUUGAGGACUUGUCUCUGGGCAGACUUGUGCCAUUUUAAACUCUUGUUUUAAAUCAGUUUAGCUAGCCACUGGAAAAUGCUGGGAACACUUCUUUCCAUUUUUGCAGGCAGAGUAAGUUAUAUGGAGUUUUCUUGCUAAACAAAUGAGAGGUGGGCUGCCCUGCAAGUGAGUAAGCCUGCUCCUUGUCAUGAGCAGACCAUACCGUGCUGUGUGUGCAGCGCUGGGUCCCAGGCAGUUCUGCCUGGCAGAGUCCAAAGCCCAAGGAAUUGCUGCGCCAGGAGCUCAUCCCACAAGGCCUCUGUGUCCAGCGUGUGAUGUUUGACCUUGUUGCAUGACUGGCAUUAACGCAUCUCUGAUCUUGCAGAAAACACCCUAGUCACCCAGUGUUGCCCACCAGAGGCCCAGUCCUUCCUAAAUUCUGCCAUCUCUUGGGCUGUCAGCCAUGUCUUUCUAUAAUGGGAUUGUGAGAAGGGGUGAAUUCUCCUACCCUAAAAAUGUUCUCCAGUGUCAGCACCGCCGAGCUGUGAUUAGCUCCGAUUGCAGCAUGCCACGUGGGCAUGCAGAUUUAGCCCAUGUGCUGCCAGCAUAUCACACCUGCUGUUCUCACUGCUGUUUCCCCACCCUGCAGAUUUUCUGGCACUUGGCAGCUUGCAUUGGAUUCCCUUCCUGGGAGAGCGAAGCCUUCCUUGUAGAUGAAGGAUGUGUCAAAGGAAUAAAACCCUCAAGAGUAACAUUUGCUUAAACUGUAUCUCAGCUUUUUAUACGUACAGCAAAAUAUCUAACCCUCUAUUUAUGCAAUAAAAAAUCCUUUGUAAAAAAAAAAGUAAUGGCCUUGGUUGCUGCUUACUCAAAUGCUACAGUUAGAGCCGCAGGGGAGGCAGUUUUUAAAGAUUAGCUGCAAGGAGGUGGCUGGUUUUAAAGAGAAAAACACUCUGAAUUCAUCAUGGGUAUGUACAAGGUUCAUGGACAGACCAGCAGGAUGUAGGAGGCCUCUGGGAUGGCUAGCUCCUGCCUUCUUCCUGCGGCUGUGGGCUGAGGUGCCCACCGUGGCGACACCAGCGCACGCUGCUGCAGUAUCCCUCUUUCAAGCAUUAUCUAAGUUUGUGUGCAGCUGAUAUGGCUGAUGCUCAGAGAGCUCUUGCUGUGGUGGAGUUACUCACCGGGAACUGCAGUGAUUUUUAAAAUCUUGCUGUUCAUGCGGUCACCUUGGUGACUGGGGAAUAUAAGUAUUACAGAAACCCAUUCCCAGGAUAGAGCGAUAUCUGCUACGGUAGCCUCAGGACUGCCAGAAUUCAUCCUGCUGUUGUAAAACCUCAGUUUCCCUCUACGGUCUCAGCAGUCAUCUGUCUGUGCAAAAGCAGAAUUGAAUGGUAAUUUAAUUAAAUGGCUGCGGUGUUCAGUGAGAACAGACUCUGCUAACCACCUCCAUUAAACAGCUAUUGAGGGAAAGGCACCAAGGUACUUAGCUAAGCCACAUGCCCAAACCUUAACAGGAAAUUGUCAGGCCUCUGUAGUGUCCACCAGCUUCAAAAGUAAGCAAUGUCUUGGCUCCAUGCAGUCAUCAGUUGCCUUUGAAUACUGGACCCAAUCUAGAUUUUUUUAGACUCAACCAAGAGUAGAUUUUUCUAGACCAAUAGUAAUAAUGAGCUUUUUUUGUUUUUUUAAACUGAAAGCAGAGGUAUUCUCCACUUCAAUACAGUUGCUGUGUAAGCAGAAUCAAAGGUACACAAUCUCCCUUUAAAGCAAGUCAUUUAGCAUCAAAGCAACUGGGCAUCAUUUAGCACCCAAAGCAAUCGAGGCUGGCAUUAAAAUCUGGGAGCCCUACCUUGCCAAACAUGUGCAAGAAGGGCAUUAACACAAGGAGCCUCUUUUUUGUCCCUGUCUUGAACAGGAGAGAAAGCAGCUGUGAGGAGUCUCCUCAGAAGUCCCCCACAUCGCUACCUUUUCUGCCUCUACAGCCAAAUCAGAAAACCUCUUUGUACAUGUAAGACUUCAAAUCUGGUCCAGCCUGGCUGCUUUUUUCCUUCACUUCAGAGUAACACUACAGCAUAGAUAACCCCCAGAGCUUGUGAUGGCUGUCACAGCAGGCUGAUAACCUAGAGUUUCCAAAAUAAGAAGAGAUCUUAUCCAUUCCCAAACCUGAACCAGUAUCUGUUCUCUGACAUUCCAGGGUAGAGUUUUGAGCUAUGCUAUCACUGGAUAGGUUACAGCAGGUUUUUUUACCCUUGGGGAUCCUUAUGUGCUGCAGUUGCAGCCUUAAACAAGAAAAGAUGCUGACACUGGGGGGAGACAGCGGCUCAGAUUUGUUUCAGUUUCUUGUUCAGAAACCAGCCAGGGACCUUGAAGUCUGGUUUCUUAUGGAAAGAAGGGUUAUACGAUUAGUCCUGGCAAGUUUAAAAGAGGAAUAGAGAUUUCAUUUCGAUUGAGCAAGAGAGAGGAGGCAGCAAGGACAGAGCGCCUUGAAGCGCUCAGUGUGUAUGAGUGGGCAGCAUGUUAGACAGCAGGCGAUCUGCACAGGAUCCUCUUGUAGAUGCCCCAUCCCAGAAAGCGAGACAGGUCAGGCCUUUCUGGUGCCUACAGAACUACAGAGUCUCCUUCUCCCCGUUCUCUAAAAUUACUCCUUUCGAAAAGAGCAUUCAUGUUGUAUAGAUGGGCAGCUCAACCUUACACAAAAAAAAUUUCCCUAUCGGAUGUUGUCAUUGUCACCUGUGCCAAGUGUUGAAGACUGAGAAAAUAAAAGGAUUACUGGCUUUUAAACUGCUAGUGUUCGCACCUUUAGGCUUUCUUUUACUGACAUGAAGGCCAUCUGUUUUUAAACAAAAUCUGAAAUCCUUGUGUGGUAAUAAAGAAAGGAGCUGUUGGGA